AUGGCGGCCCUCGCGGCCAAAGCUUCAGGGCCCAUCUACUUCGGCCCGUUUGUCGUCACGUCGCAGGUAGCUAUUCCCUCUCUCUUUUUUUCCCUCUUCUCUUUUCCAGACAAGGACUUACCUGACCGACACGUCCUGGUCUCACCACGACGAUGCGUCCCGCGCGUGUCGGACCUCACCCCGGACGAAACAGCGGAUCUGUUCCUGACAGUGCGCAAAGUGGGCAAGAUGGUGGAGCGCGUGUACAACGCGUCGAGCCUCAACAUCGCCAUCCAGGACGGCGUCGAUGCGGGCCAGAGCGUGCCGCACGUCCACACGCACAUCAUCCCGCGCCGCAAGGCCGAUCUGGACCAUCGCGGCGGCACGGAUGCCAUCUAUGACAUGUUGGAUGGCGAGGAGGGGGAUAUUGGUCGCAUCCAGCGGGAAAAGGAAAAGGAAGAAGAAGAAAAAUCGCAGGGUGGUGGACAAGGUGGACAGGCGAGACGGUCGAAGUUCCCCGCCGUCGAUAAUGACAGUCGCAAGCCCCGCAGUGAGGAGGAGAUGGCGCGGGAGGCGGAGAUGUUGGCUAAGGAGAUGGAGAAGGAGACUGACGAUUAA